AUGACGACUCAAGCGCCCUCUCUGUCCAUCACAUCGCCGUCCCCACAUUCCGGACCGUCACCCAGCGCAGAUGUGGAAAAGCAGCGGGCCGACAGUGGUGCGGGCUCAAUCAUGGCCGAGUGCAACGCCGCUUGGUUUGCGGGGACAACGUUUGAUGAUUCGCUUUGUUCAAUACCGACAACCAUAGACUGGGAUAUGGAAUUGAUGUCUAUGCGCCCUGAUGCCGCCCACGUUACCGAGGACUGGUUAGCAUCCACAGCGUCGGGCCAACCCCUCCUUUCAACCCCUCCAGCCAUCAUCGCUACUAAGGACAUGAACGAGCUCCAUGAAAUCUUCUUCGCGCGCGUUCACCCUGUCAUGCCCAUCAUCAACGAGGACCAGUUUCGCAAAGAUUUGCAAGAUUCGCCUCAUGCUAUGGCUGUACAAAGCGUGAGCUAUACAGCUGCCCUCCUAGCGACCACGAUGCCAGAGGCGAAAGCGUCGCUCAAGCAGUCUUGUUAUGUUCUUGCAAGGUACUAUGUUGACCAAUGUGAAGCCGAAGAAGGCUUCCACCCCACCUGGUGCAUGCAUUUUCUUCGCGCUCUUUUGAUUCUGACCCGCUUUGAGAUCAACAACCGGAGCUGUGCGCGUGCGUGGCUCACUUUGGGACGUGCCAUCCGCCUUGCGAAGAUUAUGCGAUUAGACCAGAUAGAUUGCGUAAAUGAGCCACCUUUUCCCAAUGUGAGCUUGCCCGAGAUAGUGUUUCCUGCGGCACAGACUGCUGUGGAACUUGAGGAGCGACGACGGUGUCUAUGGGCUCUGUAUAUUCUCGAAGGUCUUGCCUCCAUCUAUACAGGAACGCCAGGAUUGCUUGAUGAAUCGAGGCUCCAGGUAUCGCUGCCGUCGCCAGGCAGGCUAGACAAGGACUUCCAGCCAUCAUCCUUGCCGCAUCUUAGCGAGGCCCACACUAUUGCUAAGUCCGAGACACUCUCGCCCUUCUGCGGACUAGUUCUGGUUGUUUCGGUCUUGCGCAAAGCCAUUCACCACAUCGCGCAGCCAUCGUUACCAUCAUCGGCAUCCGGUUUCGGAUACUCGUGGAACGCGCCCGGCUUCUGGGAUCGCCAUUUCUCUUUGCUCAGGACUUUGAAGGUAUUCGAGGCUCUGGUUGAGCCUUUGACUCUCUCGCGAAGCCUGAGAUCGUGUGCCGUUGCCUUCAAUCUCUAUGUAGUCUUCCACGCUGUGAAGGUCAAUACAUACGAGGCCGCGAUUGAUGAGAGUGAGCGACAAGAGUUACCGUUCACUGAAGUUGACACGAACAUGGAUCAGCUCACUUCUAAUGCGCUUAAGAUCGCUACUGCAAUACGGUCAAACUGGUGCCAACAGCGGCUUAUGUGUGAUAAUUUGUCUCUCAGUGGAGCAUUUGUUGGUUGGCCGCUUUACACCGCUAUCAAGGCUCUCAGUCGCGGCGCAUCUCCUGACCAGUCACGUUCAAGAGCAAGUGCUAUUCGCAUGUUGUAUGAUUCAUUAGACGACGUGGAACCACCUGAUGGAGCGUGGCAUAAGCUUCUAUUACAGUCGUGUCCCUCACCACGACCAUGGAAAUGGGAUGAUUGA